AUGCUGGGCACGGACUUGCUCUUAGUGCGUGGGGCAGAUCAGUCCACAGUCCACCACGCCACGAAGAUAGAAGAGUGCUUCCAUCUACCUAGUUGGUUAUGUUCUAUGUCAAGCUUGCUUGAAAAUCAAAAGAUCAAUGUUGCAUUUAAGCAGGCUGAGCCGUCGUUCUCGCGUCCGAUGUCUCUGACAAUCGUGUCAAAUUGCCGUCUCAUCGGUCUUAUG